UAACGGGACGACUUCAGGAAAGAGCAGGGAACUUUUUUUUUUUUUAUGGAUAUGAGGAUUUUUUUCCUCCGGAUAAACCGACCUGCCAAAGGAGAACAACGUUUUUCAAACAAACAGGGAGGCUUUUGAAGAGAUGCUCGUGCUUAAUUAACCCUGAGUGGAUCUACAGCUUGACUUGCCAAAGAAAUCAAAAAUGCGAAGCGCUCUAUGAGCAGCGGAGCUCAGCGAACACCUCCAAUGUUCACCUUUUUUUCUGGCACUUUAAAACAAAUUUAGAUAUAUUUGUAUUAUUUUUCCUGUGUUUAAAAACAAAACAAGAUGGCAGAGCACGAAAGCUUGGAGUUUGGGAAGGCAGACUUUGUGCUUUUGGACACCGUAUCAAUGGAGGAAUUCAUGGCCAACUUAAAGCUCAGGUUUGAGAAGGGGAGGAUCUACAGCUACAUCGGAGAGGUGGUGGUGUCGGUCAACCCGUACCGUGCCAUGAACAUUUACGGCCGAGACACCAUAGAGCAGUACAAAGGCCGUGAACUGUACGAGAGGCCGCCGCACCUCUUCGCCAUCGCAGAUGCUGCUUAUAAAGCCAUGAAGAGGAGGAACAAAGACACUUGUAUUGUCAUCUCAGGGGAAAGCGGUGCCGGAAAAACCGAGGCCAGCAAGUACAUAAUGCAAUACAUAGCUGCUAUUACCAACCCUAAUCAGAGGGCAGAGGUUGAAAGAGUAAAAAACAUGCUGCUGAAAUCCAACUGUGUCCUGGAGGCCUUUGGAAAUGCCAAAACAAACCGCAAUGACAACUCCAGUCGCUUCGGCAAAUACAUGGACAUCAACUUUGACUUUAAAGGAGAUCCCAUUGGGGGCCACAUCAACAACUACCUGCUGGAGAAGUCCAGGGUCAUUUUCCAGCAGGACGGGGAGCGGAGCUUUCACUCAUUCUACCAGCUGCUGAAAGGAGCUCCAGAUUCCCUCCUGCGCUCUCUACACAUUAAAAAAGACCCGACAGCCUACAACUACAUCAAAGUUGGAGGCCAGAUCAAGUCUGGCAUCAAUGAUAGUGCCGAGUUCAAAGGAGUAGCAGAUGCCAUGAAAGUGAUUGGCUUCACAGGCGAUGAGAUUCAGACUGUUUACAAGAUCCUGGCCACCAUCCUGCAUCUGGGAAACCUAAAAUUUGGAAUGGACGGUGACGUUACCCUGAUAGAGAACACAAAGCUUGUGUCUGUUAUCAGGGAGCUUCUUUCCACCAAGGAGGAAAACGUGGAGAAGGCCCUGCUGUACCGCACAGUGGCCACAGGUCGAGACGUCAUUGAAAAACAGCACACCACAAAGGAGGCCAGUUAUGGGCGAGACGCUCUAGCAAAGGCAAUGUAUGAGCGCUUGUUCUGCUGGAUCGUUGGACGCAUCAAUGACAUCAUUGAGGUGAAAAAUUAUGAUGCCAACGUCCACGGGAAGAACACUGUCAUUGGUGUGUUGGACAUCUAUGGGUUUGAGAUUUUUCAGAACAACAGCUUUGAGCAGUUUUGCAUCAACUACUGUAAUGAAAAGCUGCAGCAGCUCUUUAUUCAGCUGGUCCUGAAGCAGGAACAGGAGGAGUAUCAGAGAGAAGGCAUCCCCUGGAAACAUAUUGAUUACUUCAACAACCAGAUUAUUGUUGACUUGGUGGAGCAGCAGCAUAAAGGCAUCUUCUCUGUUCUGGAUGAAGCCUGUAUGAAUGUUGGCAAAGUCACCGAUGAGGUUUUCCUGCAGGGACUCAACGUCAAGCUGGCAAAGCACGCUCACUUUACAAGCCGCAAGCUCUCCCCAACUGAUAAGAGUCUGGAGUUCGACAGAGACUUUCGCAUCAGGCACUAUGCAGGGGAUGUGGUGUACUCAGUGGUGGGCUUUAUUGAUAAGAACAAAGACACUCUGUUCCAAGAUUUCAAGAGGCUUUUGUACAACAGCUCCAACCCGGUGCUGAAGGGGAUGUGGCCUGAGGGGAAGCUGAGAAUUACAGAGGUGACCAAAAGGCCACAGACAGCAGGGACAAUCUUCAAAAACUCCAUGAUCUCUCUAGUGGAGAACCUUGCCAGCAAGGAACCCUACUAUGUCCGCUGCAUCAAACCCAACGACGUUAAAUCUCCUCUUUUGUUUGAGCCUGAGCGCUGCCGCCAUCAGGUGGAGUACCUCGGGCUGUUGGAGAACGUCAGAGUGCGUCGAGCCGGCUUCGCCUACAGGCAGACAUAUCCUAGAUUCCUGCAGAGAUACAAGAUGAUCUCAGAGUAUACGUGGCCCAACCACGACCUCUCCUCAGACAAAGAUGCUGUGAAGAAGCUUCUGCAGGGCUGCAAGUUUGACCAUGACGUGGCUUACGGCAAAACAAAGGUCUUUAUCCGCACUCCUCGCACUCUCUUCACUCUGGAGGAACAGCGAUCUGAAAUGGUCAAAAGAAUUGUCAUCUUCCUACAGAAGGUUUGGAGGGGCACACUCGCUAGAAAGCGAUACCGACGGAUGCGUGCUGCCGCCAUCAUCCUGCGGGCCUAUCGACGCUAUAAGGUCAAGUCCUACAUCCGCGAGCUCAACCGUCGCUUUAAAAAUGUGCGCUCCAUGAAGGACCACGGUAAACAUGUGAAGUGGCCAACUCCUCCCAAAGUUCUGCGCAGGUUUGAAGAAGCGGUAAAGAACAUCUACAACAGGUGGUGGGCAUGGACCAAUAUUAAAAGCCUCUCUCCCGAGGAGACUCUGCAGCUCAGAGCCAAGAUAGCCACUCUGGAGGCCCUGAAGGGACAGAGGGCUGACUUGGGCUUACAGAGAGCCUGGGAGGGAAACUACGUGAAGCGUGACAGCCCCGACACGGCGUCGUCCUUCACACUCAUUUCCAGCGAACUGCAGCGAAAAGACAAGUUCAUGAGAGUUUUGUUCUCCUGCAACGUGAGAAAGAUCAACCGUUUUCACAAGGCGGAGGACCGGGCUCUGCUCAUCACUGACCGACACCUGUAUAAGAUGGACCCCAUGAAGCAGUACAAACCAAUGAAGAGCACCCCCCUCUACAACGUCACAGGACUGAGUGUGUCCCCUGGGAAGGAUCAGCUGGUCGUGUUUCACACCAAGGACAACCGGGAUCUCAUAGUGUGCCUGCAGGGCAUGGUGCCUGCCAAUGAGAGCCGCAUCGGGGAGCUGGUUGGCACCCUGCUCAGUCAUUUCAAGAGUGAGAAGAGGAAGCUGCAGGUGAACAUUUCCAGUCCAAUCCAGUGCAGCAUGAAUGGACGAAAGUGCACGGUCGUGGUCGAGCCAAAGAUCAACCAGUCACAUCCGGACUUCACCAAGAGCCGAGCCGGGUACAUCCUGGCUGUUCCUGGGAACUAAAACGGGCCAAAGAAGAAAAACGUUAUAAAUGCUCCCAGCCAUUCUGAGAUUAUAAUGAAGAUUAUAUUUCUUUUGAUUUACAGAGCUGCUGUUGAUGUGACAAAGUAGUUCUACUCUUGGAUUGAUUCUUUAACCUAAGCCAAAUUUAUUUGUAUUAGUGUAGUUAAAAAAAGAAUGAUCAGUUGAACAGAUUUAUAACAAAAUGCACUUAUUAUUCACCAAAGGGGAACGGUAGCUUUGGUUAAAAUCUGUAUUUGAUUUGAUUUGUUUGUGCAAUAUGAAGUUUGUUGCAUACUUAUUAGUGUUAAUCAAGGAGAGAGCAGAUUAUUUGCUACACCCACAGUUGUUGCACAAUGUCAUCAAAAUCCAAAGGUUUGAAGGGAUUUUAUUAUCCCUGCCGCUCCAUAAAUUAUUCACCUCAAACCGGAACUCUUAAAAAAUGAAGGUGGUUGUUUUUUAUCUGCUUUAAUGUGCACCAUUCAUGCGUUCAGAAUAUAUCAGUGCUAUCAAAGAGUUUCCCUACCUGCAGGAGAUGAUGAAAUAUUUGCUUUACUUAAAUGUUAUCAGACUCAAAGUCUUAAUUUUCAUAGCAGGAUGUUUGGCAGAAUGUGUUGAGCAUAUUCUUGACGUCCUAUUAUAUGAAGCAUGUUGGUAUUUAAUAAUGCAUCUGUUGCUGUGCAUGCAAAUAGGGUUUUACAGCACCAGUGCAACUAAGGCCAGGAAAUGUAGUCCGUUUACUUUUUAAACUAAUGCUUAGCAAAAGCGAAAUUACAGGUAGCAGAUUAACCAAAUUAUAAAAUAACUUUUGUUCUCUGCAGCUUUAAAAGUAAAUGCUUUGGUUUAGUAAUAGUAACCUUGCCAACUGUCUAAUCCUUUGUGAACUCAAGCUUCUAAACUGAGCUUCAAUCCACUCAUUUAUUUUCAGAUCAUGGCUUUCAGUGGUUUUCUGGAAGAGGAGUUUGAUAUGGUCCAGAAAGAAAAACAUUCUUUAGAGAGAUGGACAUCGUUUUUAUGUAAAUAAAGAUACAGGUUAUCCUCUCUCAGAUCGUUCAGUAGCUCAAAGCUCGACACUUGGACCAAAAAGACAGAGCUGGACACAUUUGGAAAGCUUUCCUCAGUCAGACUUUACUUUUACUUUUCUCAAAGUUUGGAAACCCAAAUAACACAAUCCAUGUGAUUUCAGGUGGUUUAUUUUCUGCAAGGUGUCAGUUGUGCUAAAGUCAUCACUUUGCUAUGGUGUUAGUUAAUUACAGAAUGUGUUUUUUUAACACAUUUCAACAACAAGAAUGUCAGGAGGAAAGAAAUGGUAUGCGAUUAGGAGCGGGGUAUAAAAAACAUACAGUGCAAAAGCUUUAAAAAUGACAAGCGAUCCAGAGUUUGCAGUAAUCUGGUUUCAUUAAACAUUAGUUAAUGCCAUUUUCAGCACAUAUUUACAAACUCAUUAGCUCAUUAUUUAAAUUCACUCUCUGAUUGAACAGCCAGAGCAGAGAUUUGAGCUCCUAAUAUCCUAAAAAAAAUAACUGAGAUAAAAUAUUUAUUCCUGAUCUUUGUUCUUGUGAAAAAUAAUCUUAUGGGAAAAAUGUUCUAGAUGAUUGAAGGGUUUUUUUUUUUUUCAAAAAUGUUAUCUUGUUUUUCUAGAUGUUUAAAAGGGAAUUACAAAAAAAAGACAAAAUGAAGCCAAAUGUUGUUAGAUAAAUGACUAAACAGAGAAAGUCCCUUUUUUUUGUCCUCCAGACUGAGUUUUCUGGUUUGGUUCCCUGGGUGUUGUAUGAAGGUUUUUAUUUUUUCUAAAUUACUUUGAGAAUGUAUUUUGAAGAGCUAUUUUUAAUCUGCUGCACUGUUUGUUGAUGAAGCGCUUUGAGACGGGAAAGACCUGUUUUGAAAAGUGUAAAUCUAGAAAGAGGUGUGGGUUUUGUUAGACGUUCAUCAAAGCUGUGUGUUUCUGUCUGUGUGGACUAAAACAGUGCAGCUCUGCAUGUCCCCCAGCGUGGAAUUCACCCACAGGGUUCUCCUCUCCGCUCGGCUCAUCAUUAGGAUGGACUUUGUGUCGUUUCUUACUACAGCCUCUCUCUCUCCAGGCCAAAGAGGGUUUGGUGAACAAAGCCUCAUUUCUGCUUCCCUGCCUCUCCUCUCUCCGUCAUUGCAUGUCUGCACACGACUCCUGCUGUUAGAUUAUUGCCUCCUGGCCCAAAACGGGUCAGCCGACUGUCCAGCAGCUCACACAGGGUUUUUGCUUUCUUUUUUUUGUUUUUCUCUAUCAUGUACUUUAGGUUUUAGUGUAAAAGUUAAAAAAAACAGCAGUGGGAUGUGAAUGGGGAUAUCCCAAUGCACCCUUUAGAUGAAUGCAGGUUAGAGCUGAACAGUUAAUCACUAAUUUAUCACCCUAUCCAGUAAAUAUUAGCUCACACAAGGACAGGCUUCUAGCUGAAAGUUUUUUCUUUUCACUUAUUUUUUUAAAUAUAGCAAAAAAUAUUUAAGACUCCAGUAUUUGAAAGGACUUUUCACUACCUGUAAUCUAUAUUCAAGUAAACCUAGACCUAGCUAUUUCAGAAGUUAUCACUUAUCAUUGACAUUCAUCUAUAUUAUCGCAUAUACAUUUUUUUUUCUGUUAUUUUGCUGACCUAAAGCACACAAUUAAUAUGGCUACAAAUAUAUGUUUUAUCAUUUUAAGUAUUUUGAAAAUAUGCAGGCUAACAACACUCUGGAAAAAAUAUCUACAGUACUGUGCAAAAGAUUUCAGUCAUUCAUUUUACGUCAUUGAUGUUUUUCCUUCUGUGGGCCAAUUUCUAUUGCAGAAUUUUAUCAGCAGUUCUUCCUGUGGUCUAAAGUUUGUUUCUUUGGUUUUUUUGCUGCAUAUUUAUUCAAUAGUUUGUUUCAGACAUUUUUAUUAUCAAAUUGUCAAAAAACAGGGUUUGGUCCAAUUUCUUCUCCUUAAUCUAUGAAAAACUAAUUAGUACACAGUUCUUUAGAGGGAAAUUGGUUUUAUUUUGUUGUUUUUGUUUGAUUCUC